UCGAAUACACAAAUUAUAUGUACAAUAGACGAAUGCUAUUUAUUGCGGAAGUAAUGGCUUCCUAAAAUUUUAAUUGCAUUUAUUUAAUCCGUAAACUCUUAAUAAUUGUGAAUUAUUCACUAAAAUAAACAUUCACGGAAAGGAUACAAUCGAACACGAGUGAUUGCAGUUGAUAUUUGUGUCAUUUUGCUUCCUACUUUUUGUGAUUUAUACCGCGAUCUGAACAUCUUUACACAAUGAAGAGUCUCUAAAGUUUUAUCGGUAUUUACACUUUCAUUCAACUACUGUUGUUUUUACUCGUAACUCGAAUCAUUUUUAAAACGUUUCCUACGUGAACGGCUGCAAAAAUGAACGAAAUGAUAGCCGCGGAUAUCGUGCAGUGCAAUAUAUCUCUAGUGUAAUUCUUUGGAUGAAGUCGAUAGCAGAAUGUCUGUGAGAAAGAUAAUAGCCGAGGGAGUGGAGGACGGGGAGGAGGAGUCGAGCGAGGAGAUGAUAGACAGCGACGAUGACGACGAAACUAUCGCGAGGAUACAGCGCGCACACUAUGCCCAGGCCGCCGCGAUGAACCCGCGCCGGCGGUCCACCACCCGGCCCAGGCCCAUGAGUCAGAAACGGAAGAUGGAGGCCGUCAAGAGCUUCCACGACUUCACCAAGAAACUAAAGAAGGACACGGGCAUAAGGAUACAAAGUUUAAUGGGAAACAAUAUUUUAGAUUUAAGUGAUUAUUCUAGUGAAGACAAUAAAACUGAUAGUGAUGGUCUGUCGGACGAGGAGUUUACGGUGAAUCCUAGUGCGGUCCAGGAGUUGAACGAGGAGAAUGAGAGUUACAUAGACCCUGAGACUGGGGACAUAGUUGGAGGUAAAAAAGGUGAAGUACCCGAAACUGAACCUACGGUGAAGUGUGAGGUGCCUGAGGAACCAGAAGACGAGGAAGCUAAAGUGUUAACUAUAAAUGACCUCAUUAACGAGGACGACUUGGACUUAACAAAAAAUGUUGAGAUAUCCGAAGUGGAGAAAAGUGAGUUGUGUUCUGAAGAAAACGCAGAGGAACUUUUAGAUAUAAAACAGGAGGAGAACAGUCAAGAGUUUGAUGUGACGGAGAAGCUAAAGGAAAUGGGUGAAAUUAGUGUUAAGCCUCUUAAAACAGAAGGUGAGGAUGAGAAUGCACAAAGUAGUAAAGCGGCAGAAGAGGGAGAUGAUGAGAAAAAACAAUCAAAUACCAGUGCACUGAAUGUGAGACGGAACAUUAGGGAAGUCAUGGAUGAGAAAAAUCUAGAUGCCUCAACUCUGGCUGCACAAAGACAGGAGUCCGAACGUCUUGCCAGAGUCCAGGAGCAGCAAAGGAUUAUCAGAGAGGUGCAAAGACAGAUAGCUAUAAAUAGACAAAACAAAAUCCAUCAAAAGACACUCUCCCUUCUCCAAGGGGGUUCCUCAAUUUUGAAGAAGGCUGGGGCUGGACAAAAACUAAACUUACCAAACACAGUAUUAGUUAAAUUGCCAUCUGGGGAGACGAAGAAAACAUCUAUGAAACAGGGCCAGCUGGAAGUGACUAAGGUGUCCAAGCCUCAACCAUCAGGAUCAAGUCCGAAGACUGGUAAAACUGACUCAAAGCGAGAGGUAGUGGAAAUAGUAGACGUAAUAAGCAGUAGCGGGGAGGAAUCUUCGUCGUCAUCUUCAGAUUCAGAUGAUUGUAUAAUGUUGUCCGAUUCAGAAGUUCCGCCAAGUCCCGAAGCUGAUGACGAUCCUAGCAAUUCUGGUCUCCAUGUGAAUGAUGCUUAUAACGUACCUGAUGAGCAAGGCAGAGUUCUAAUAAACAUUGGUCAUUCGGAAAAGGAAGAGGACAUUUUCCUGGCGCCACAGAUUGCGCGAGUUAUAAAACCACAUCAGAUUGGUGGCGUGAGGUUUUUGUUUGACAACAUAAUUGAGUCCGUCGACCGAUUCUCAACGUCAACUGGAUUUGGUUGCAUCUUAGCCCAUUCAAUGGGUCUAGGCAAGACAUUACAGAUUGUAUGCUUCUGUGACAUAUUCCUACGGCAUACAAACUCGAAAACUGUCCUGUGUAUAAUGCCUAUAAAUACUCUACAAAACUGGGUGGCUGAAUUCAACAUGUGGUUGCCAGUGGAUGCUACAAACAGUCCCCUGGCGGCGCACGGCGAAGUCAGGCCAAGGAACUUCCCCAUAUACGUGUUGAAUGAUAGCCACAAAACGCUGCAGAUGAGAGCUAAAGUUGUUAAGGAGUGGAGCUCCACAGGCGGUGUCCUUAUGAUAGGAUAUGAAUUAUACAGACUACUCAGUAUGAAAAAGGACAAAAAACCUCGUAAGAAAAAGAAACCCGACGCAAAAGCUGAGGCCGAAAAGGAAGAGAAGAAAGAAAAAGUGGAAGGCGAUGAAAUAUCGCCAACAGACCCAAAUUUACCGAAACCUGUCGAAGAUAGAAAAGAUUUAGGAGACCUUUUGCCUAAACCAGAAGAUAUUGAUAAGAAAGAGGACGCGCCAACAGAUGAGGAGAAGAAGCUUUUAGAUGAAAUGUAUGAAGCUCUAGUUCGUCCUGGGCCAGAUUUAGUAAUCUGUGAUGAAGGUCACAGAAUUAAGAACUCGCAUUCAAACAUAUCAUAUGCUUUAAAACAAAUGAGAACCAAACGACGUAUCGUUUUAACUGGUUAUCCGCUACAAAACAAUCUCCUUGAAUACUGGUGUAUGGUGGACUUCGUCCGUCCCAACUACCUGGGUAGCAAGACGGAGUUCUGUAACAUGUUCGAGCGGCCGAUACAGAACGGACAGUGUAUUGACUCGACGCCACAAGAUAUCCGGCUUAUGCGAUACCGCGCGCAUGUGCUGCACUCGCUGCUUGUGGGAUUCGUGCAAAGACGAUCCCACGCAGUGCUUCAAUCAACACUGCCACAGAAGGAGGAAUAUGUGCUGUUGGUGCGUAUGACGCCACUCCAGCGUCAACUGUACAAUAGAUUCAUGAACGAAGUCGUGCGGGCCGCGAACGUACCUAAUCCGCUGAAAGCGUUCGCUAUUUGUUGCAAGAUAUGGAAUCAUCCAGAUGUUUUGUACAAGUUUCUCAAAAAGAGGAGCGAAGCUAACGCCGCUAUUGAAGAAGACUUGGAUCUGGAUGAAAUUAGAGGCGUAACUAAAGCGGGAAGGCCGAAAAGUACGAGAACGCCGGGAAAAAGGGGACCGAAACCCAAGGGUAAGAAGCCAGCAGCAACCAUAUCGCCAACUACGACAGGUCAAGCGCAGCCUCGUGUAGAGCAACCAUUCAACAGCAUGGGGUACAAUGGCCCAGCCAAUGGUCCCUACGGUUCGACUCCAAACACGUUCAGACCGGACCAAGCUAUGGCGCCCUAUAGAUACCCGCCGUAUCAAAACUCCGCAUCUGAUUUCUUCCCACCUAACCAAGAGUUUAACCAGCAAUACGGUAAUAACUACUAUCAGCAGCAGCCAAAUCAAUUUCCUAACAAUGCCGUGUCCAACUAUCCAAAUGAAUACCCUCAGAAUCCAGGGCAAAGCUACAAUCAAGGUUACUGGGAUAAUGGAAACUACUAUGGCAAUUCGAACUACUAUAACAACCCACAGUAUGGAAACAAUCAGACGCCGCAAGAUUUCGGUGCGACCCCACCUAGUUAUAAUAGCAGUCAACAGUUUCCGCCAAAUUAUAAUGCUACAGGUGCUCAACAGUUCCCGAGCAACGCGUUGGCUCCUUACACGAAUAAUCAAGAUGGCUAUGGCAAUCAAAGCGCCCCACCAUAUAGAGGCCAGUUUCCGAAUACACCAGAUUACUCCCAAUAUUCUACACCAAAUAAUACACCUACCACGGCUUUCCCAAGUAAUCAAGGACAAGAUUACAGAAAUGAGCCAUUCCAGACACCAUUUACGGGCACAAACGCGUACGAAGCUAAUCCUUCCACUUCUUAUAAUCAAUUUGGAAACCAACCGCCCGGUUAUACGAAUUACACAAAUGACAUGCCUCCACAGCAUCCACAGAGCGUUCCUAAUCAUAAUCCUAUCAAAAAUGAGAUGACCAACUUUCCAUCAACAAUUAAACCUGAAACUAACGAAACCAAUGUCAACCAGUUUGGUCAUCCAUAUAACUAUCCGCAAAACGCGGCUUCUUACCCGGCGAAUACUGGUGAGAGUACCAACACUUUCGGCCCUCAAUACCCAUCGUGUUUGCCACAAUUAGAAACGAAGCAACCUUUGGGAAGCGCCGGAAGUCCAUUACCGACUUGGCCGCUGACAGAAUCUCUCAAAACUGAACUAGACAAAAUAAAGGCUGAAGACAAAAUCGAAAUGAAAUCUGAAUCUGACGGUGAGGUGAAGAUAGAAGAUUUAGAUACGAAAAAGAUUGUCAAGGACAAUCUAGCUAAGGAUGCUAGCAAAGACAAAAGUGUAACACCGACUCCAGAAACUAAGCAAGACGAUCCGCUCAAAGCGGAAAAUGCUUCGGAUCUGGACGAUGGAAAGAAAGGCCGACGAAAAGCGAAGUCCAAAGAAGACAAGACAAAGGUUGACAAAUCCAAACCUAAACCGAAACCUAAGCCGAAAGGCAGAAAAGAUCGAAAAACGUCGAAAGAAAAGAGUAAUGAAAACUCAGAAUCUGAGGAAAGUGACAAAGAAGAAAAAAUGACGAAAGAAGAAGAAUUGGCGUUGACCAAGAAGAAUGAAGAAAUGACCUAUGACUGGGCUAUGGAACUAUUGAAGGAUUAUAUUCCCGGUAUGAUAGAGAAUUCAUCGAAGAUGGAAUUAUUCUUUUAUAUCUUAAACGAAAGCAUAAAGUUAGGAGACAGGUUACUAUUGUUCAGCCAAAGUUUGUUCACAUUGAAUCUCAUAGAAGAUUUUCUAGAAAGAAAUUAUAUACCAGGAACUAAUUGUCUUUGGGAACGAAAUGUCUCUUAUUACCGCCUAGAUGGCUCCACCCAUGCGUUAGAGCGAGAGAAACUGAUAAACGAGUUCAACGCGAACCCUCAUGUACAUUUGUUCCUGGUGUCCACCCGCGCCGGCUCUCUCGGUAUAAACCUUGUUGGUGCGAACAGAGUAAUAGUGUUCGAUGCCAGUUGGAACCCUUGUCACGAUACUCAAGCGGUGUGCCGUGUUUACAGAUACGGACAGAAGAAACCAUGCUUCGUAUACCGAUUCGUCAUGGACUGUUGUCUCGAGAAGAAAAUAUACGAUCGCCAGAUAAACAAACAGGGAAUGGCGGACAGAGUAGUGGAUGAGUGUAAUCCAGACGCCGUACUUUCUAUGAAAGAAAUCACUAAUCUCUGCUUCGAUAAUGAUGAGAAGGAUUUGGAGCCUAAAGAUCUGACUGAACACAAAGACAAAUAUUUAGACAUGUUAAUGCAGGGUAUAAUAACGUUACACAGCAGGCUAUUGAGCAAAGAGCCAUUCCAACACGAGUCAUUGCUAGUUGAUAGAAAGGAAAAGAAAUUGUCUAGCGCCGAAAAGAGGCUAGCUCAGAGAGGAUACGAGCUAGAGAAGAAGGCGGCUGCAACUCCAAAGGCGACGCCAGCUUACCGCACUGUGCGCGCCGCCGACGGCAGCCUCGUACAGCGGCCCGUCGCCAGCGUGCGGCCCAUGCAGCACGGCGCACGCUGGAUACCCGCCGACGUGUGGCGGCGGCAGGGCAUGACGGCGCAGGAGAUGACGCUGCCGCUAGAUGUCGUGAUACCAACUAACUCGGCUGAGAAAACGAAUAUAGUCCUCAAAGCUGGCCAGCGGGUUAUGGUAUUGAAGUCACCCAAAGGAAUCUACAUGCAGUUGGAGUCUGGGAAGAUCAUUGCUAUAAAAACUUCUUUGAAGAAUUUGGGACAAAAAGCUUUAGACGCUAAGGACAGUCCUAUUGGAAAGAAAGUUUUAGGCAAUCGACCGUCUACUGCAAACAUUCCUGGGUCACUGAAAAAUAAUUCUGCUAUCACAAUUACAUCUAAGAGUACUCCUAGGCCAGGUUUCCACAGAAUCAUAGGCAGAUCUCCGAUGGGACAGAAAAUAUCUAGACCCAUGAUCCCGGGACAGAAGAUCGCCGAAAUAAGAAAUAGACUGGGCGAGAUGAGAGCGUACUCGAUGCGCGGCAAAAUGAACCCAGGUAAUCGAAUAAUGCGACCCAAUUUGCCUGGAUCACUCAGCAUCACUAGAGUACCAAAAGACGGUAGAAAACUCGACCCGAGCAGAGCGAUUAAAAUUGAACCGGAGGAAGAAGCCCAGGUUUUGGACAGUGAUGAUGAAGCCGAAGAACCUAAAGCUGAAGAUGAUAAGAAAGAUGAUGAAAAGAAAAAAGACGACGAAAAUAAAGCAGAUGACGAAAACAAAUCUGACGAUGAAAAGAAGUCAGACAAUAAGAAAGAUCCAGCUAAAGUGAAUGACGCCGGUAGUAGUCGAGCAGAUAGUACUAGAAGUUCCACAGAAAAUCAAAGCGAUUCGUCCGAAUCUGGUAGAAACGACGAUACUGAGCCUAUAGUUUUGACAACGGAGGAAAAGUUACCGUCAGAAGAAACUUUAGAGAACAAGUCAGCACCAGAUAGAGUAACAGAAAAUAAGGAAAUGCCUACAAACCUCAACCUGACCAAGCUAGGUGACGAUUUGCCAAUGAACCUUGUUAGUCGCGGUGAUAGUAAGAUCAAUCUGCUGAAAAAUUACAGACAUCAGAGGCCCGGGGGAAGAGUGCCUACUGAGUCUAGUUUGAGCCAGCUAGAGAAGACCGCUAGCGCGCUAAACAAAGAAGGAAUACCUGAUUUCAGAAAGAACUUGGACGACAUAACCCAGUCCUACUCUCCAAGCGCAGAGGAGAAGACCAGUAGCUCUUCUCGCAAGAAAAGAUCGCCCAAGAAGAUAGAAAACGUCGAAUCUCAAGACAAGAAAGUCAACCCUAAUAUGUCUCACAGUGUGUCUAGUAUGCUCAAUUCGAAACCGGCACUGGCUGAUCCGGUAGCCAACAACCUCUUGACUCCGAGUCCGCAGCCACACAAUCACGGCAGUAUGCCGGGGCUUCCUAUGGAUAAUCACUCGCUGGACUUUAGCCUGGGAUCCACUAAUCGUCAGACUAUAGCGCCGAGCAUACACAGUGGUUUGAUGACGGGUGGUACCGUGAGCAACAAAGUGCCGCCUGUGAUGCAGCCGCAGAGUACUCUGCCGCCCGCUCAGGCGUACCCCGCUAAUCCUACACCAGAAGCCGCGUAUGGACAGUACCCUGGUUACGGCAUGAGCUACCCGUACCCAAGCGCGCCGUACUACGGCGGUUACGGAGCCCCGCCCUACUACGGGGCGGGGUAUGCGCCGGGCCCCGCCCCGCCGCCCGCACCCUUCGCGCCCGCCCCGCCCUCCGAUCGGUACCUCCCACCGGAGCAGCACUGGUAGAACACCAGUCCCAAGAAAUGACUCAGAUAUUGUACUCGGCCUUUGUGUAUCAGUCUUUAGUUCGUUUGAAAGAAGUAUAAACUUUUUGAAAGUAUGAAUCGAGAGUCAGAAAAAAUACAGUUCUCGAGUUUAUCCACAAAAGACUAGACUUAAAUUCUAAUGAAAAAACUCUGUACCAUACUCGGUAUACAUAACAAGUUUCAAAUGAUCUAAAUAGUUGGAUGCAUAGGGAGAGCUAAGUUUUUAGUUACAUUAGAAAACGUUAAAUGACACAAGGUGGACUGAAUAAGAAACCAGUUCAAAAUAUUACAAAGCUCCAAGAAGUGUGAUUUUUGUGAGGGUCAGGAAGAGAGUGGAAUGACGUUCCAAAUGUUUUUAGUUCCUAUUUUUGCCACCGGGCGGCGACACAAAGACUUACGGUGACGUCAUUUUUAAUAUUGGAAUGUCGUUUCACAUAAAAGUGACCGACUCUCGUAUGCCCGGUUUUUAGAGAUUUUUGACAGAAGUUUAUCUCUUGGUAGCGCUUUUGAUUGGCUAACGUCUAAACAUUAACCAAUGAACAUAGCUGCUGAGUGGAUAAACAUCACAAACCGAGCAAUAAUCCUCCCGGCCUGAUACUUAAACGCUACUUAAAAUUAAGGACUCCUAACUUACAGGCUGUCUGAUUCGUAAAAUGACAACUCAGCAAGUUACUUGAGUGAUAGUUAAUUUUAAUAGCUUUUCUGUAUUCGGCGGUUAGAGUUUAAAUAUGCCAUCUACGACGCUGUUCGCGUUAGCAUUUUAUAACUGGGUACACAAUAUCAAUUUUUUUAGUUAUAUUUUUUACAAAAUUAAAGUUUUUUUUAAUAAUAGAAAAUACUUCCAUCAAAUGCUCAUAGUCUUAUUCUGAACUUUUGAAUCUUUUUCUUUAUUUCUCGAAUACAUAAGCUAUGAUUUUUAAUCAGAAAUCUGUAAGAACAUUAAAAUGUUUUAGAUAUUUAGAAACUAUAAUGAACUCAUUGGUAAGCAAACUUGCAAAAUUUCGGAAUAAAUCAUUAACAAUACAACAGUUUCAGUCA